AUGUUGUCAACAUCCUCCUCGUCAACUGAAAAUCGAAUUGAAGAUGAAUUAAUUUAUUUGUUACCAAACAGUAUCGGUCAAGGUCGAUUAAAAAUAUUUAAAAAUGCAUUUGAAAAAUUUAAUUUAAAAUCUGUUGAUACAUUUGACUAUUCAACAACUAAAUAUGUUAUUGCUGAAGAUAGUCUAAAUUUAAAAGUUAUUUUAAACAAAAUAUUAAAAUUAGAAGAAGAACAACAACAGCAAGAACCGACGCAAAUACAAAAUGUCGAAAAUGUUAUGAACAAAAAUGCACCAGUUAUCAUAAAAACAAAAUGGUUGAGUGAUUGUUUAAAAGUAAAACGUCUGUUACCAAUUGAUAAAUAUAUUAUUGAAAAGAAAAAACCGAAACCAGCAUCUUUACCUCCACAAUUAGAACCCUUAGAAUCAAGAGGGUUAAUAUCUUCAGUGUCUACGGAUAAUAUCCAGUCAAGAUUAUCAAAAACAACAUUAGAAGCAAGCACGGUUGCGCCUCUUCCUCCACCACCGUCAAGACAUCGAACUUAUUCAUCAGAAAGUGAAAGUGAUGAUGAAAAUACAAAGAAUCCGAUCGUGGAACAAAGUGGUAGUGGAACUCUGCUGAAAGGAAAUUGGCUUUGUUCCGAAUCAUGUCCAACAGCUCCCGUUGUAGCUCGACCAAUUUUAUCAAAUUCAAUUAGAAAGACGACUAAUCCAAAUCAAGAAAUAAUUGAUAAAUUACAAGUAUGUCAAAACGAUUCUCUUUCCAUAUCUGAACAAAAACUUUAACAGGGAUUUGACUGAUACUAUUUACUUUUCAUCUGGUUACUAGAUAUUAACUAAAGUGGCGAACACAAGUUUAGGAUCACUUUUAUUUUUGAAUUUUCUCGUGAACUAAAGUAGCUAGAAUAAAUCCGAGAAUAGAUUUAUGUAGAGAACACCUUAGAGUAUCUAAGCAUGUAAGAAGAAAAAUUUUCAUUUAACUUUAGCUGGUUUAAAGAAGAUGAAAUUUUAAAAAUUUAAAAGCAUUAAAUUUUCAACUUUU